CGCGCUCCAAGUCCCUUGCGCCGCUCUCACGUCAGCAGUGAGGGCGGAAGCGAAGACUACAGGAUGCGGCUCCUGGUUGCGUUGCUCCUGCUAAGUGUCGCAGUGGCGGACACCAACUCAGGAAAAGAUAAGUCUCCUGAAAAAGAAGCUACGUCCCCGCCUCCUGCGAAGGUAGAGUCUCUUAAGUCGGCAGAGCCUGGCAGUCCGACGGGGCAGAGGCAACAGCAAUCCGCUAACGUAGGCCAGGCGGGCAAGCUGGUGAAGCUGACUACGGCAGCAGUUUCCAGUUCGGCGGUAUCUGGACAGCAGGUCGCUGCAACCAAUCCCCCCAAAGAAGAUCUCCAAACUCAGCCCGAGAAAACAGAUACCAAGUCAACGGGGUCUGCACAACAGCCCCCGCCAGCCGACCCCAAACAGGAGGAAUCUGGGCAGAAGCCCACAAAAGAUGAUUCGGAAAAGCCCACAAAAGAUGAUUCGGAAAAGCCCACAAAAGAUGAUCCGGAAAAGCUCACAAAAGUUGAUCCAGAAAAGCCCACAGAAGUUGAUCCAGAAAAGCCCACAGAAGUUGAUCCGGAAAAGCCCACAAAAGUUGAUUCCAACGAGCCCGUCUCCAAACCCUCCUCAGAUCAGGAGACCCCCAAGAUUGAGAAAACCGAGCUAGCUGGAAAAGGACAGAAAUCAACGCCUACUUCCAAAACUGAAUCUGGGGAGAGACCAGCAGGAGACUCUGACUUCUCUUUAAAGCCAGAGGGAGGAGAGAAGUAUUCAGAGCCCACUGAAGCUGUGGAAGCCAAGGAAGAGAGUGAUGUAGAGCCAGAAGAGGGCUCACCACUUGAAGAAGAGGGCGUGAAGUUGUUGGACCCUUCCUCCAGUGAGAACCGAGAGGGGCCUCUUAUAGAGUCUGUGAAUGAGGAGAAGGAUACCUCUUAUAAGGACAGUGCCGCUAACACCAGUGCCGAGAGCAGCCACUUCUUUGCCUAUCUGGUGACCGCAGCGGUCCUUGUUGCUGUCCUCUAUAUUGCUUACCACAACAAGCGGAAGAUUAUUGCUUUUGCCCUAGAAGGAAAAAGAUCUAAAGUCACUCGGAGACCAAAGGCCAGUGACUACCAGCGUUUGAACCUAAAGCUUUGAUUAUUUUUUUGUCUGCAAGAACCUUGUGCUCCCUGCUGAUUUGUUCCCGAAUCAAGAAAAAUGAAAAGACUGACCUCCUCUGGGGUUUGUGAGAAGUUCAGGCCGGCAGAGAUGGGAUAGCUUCAGGUUUUGCACCUGCACUUUGGUGACAUUGUACUCUGGUAGUGUUUAUUUACUUUGUGUUUCCUUUAUGCUGGUGUGUUCCGCCACCCGUUCUUCAUGCAGUGUGAGGAGGGAGCACGUGAAACCAUGACUGAGCAAAGGAAGCCCCUCCCUUCGGCGGGCACACAUGGACCACUCCCAUAGCCGCUUUAUCUUUGUAGAGACAUACUUUCUAGACAAGAAACAAGAUGGUGGGUGCGAUUCUGAUGGGCAGAGAGGGGUUUGAACCCUUAUUCUCUGUAGAGGCCUCAGCUGCAAACCAGCAUAGCAGGUUUAAAGAGUGCUGAAGUCUGACCCACUUGACUGUCUAUUUUUCUGUAAGUUUGCACUCUGGUUGUACUAGCAUAAAAAGGAACUUGGGGUUUCUGGAAGUAAAAUCAUGGUUCCGUGGGUUUUUGCUUUGUUUUGCUUAAUAUGGUGAUGAUCAUUGAACUAGUGUGUUCUUGCAUACGUUCAUCCCAAUAGGAAGGAAGUCCUUGGAAAGGGGCAGGUUCAUAUUAGUGCAAGGAAACACAUAGGAGGGAUUUGGUAUGUAUGAAAAGUUUUCCAAAAACUCCAUUUUGCCUUUUUUUGCCUAUAAUAGAUAGAUAUUUAGGAACUAACUACACUCUCCAAAUUUCUCUUGUUCUGUUUAAUGGUCCUCUCAUCUCAGAUGCCAAGGUAAUGAGUAAAAUCUUUCUUUCCUCUGGCAUCUGGUCAUGAAACUGUAAGGAACCAAGUAGGCUCCCUGACAUAAUUGAGGAUGUCUUGGAUUAUGCUGUGUCUCUCUGAAGUUUUAUUCCAGUCUGUGUAGUCAUGCCUAAAGAGAGAAAAGUCUCAGCUAAUCUCAGGGAUGUGGAAAGACUGGGAAAAGGAAGAACAUGAUGGGAGAAGUCAGUCUGAAGAAGAUUUGGAAUUCUUUCCCUGUGCUGACUGCAGCAAGUGUUUGAAGUUUGUGUUCUUGGCAGGUUGCCUUCUGAAAGUAAGAUCAUUGCUACCAUUUUCUCAGCCGUACACAAACCUUCUAUUAACUUUUUCCAAGUUGAGGAAGCCGUUCUCACUCUCCUUCAGCUUUUCCUAACACCUCUCUAGCUCCCCCUCUUCAUUUUCUCUUCCUCUUCCUGUUUGUGCGCCUCUGCAUGCUUACUUCCAGUCUCUUAUGCAUGCCUAUUCCCUAUCCUGUUCUAGUUGCUGUUGCUUCCAUUACCUUACCUCCUCUUUCUGACACUUACAGGUUUGUCUUGAUCUGUAUUGCUACUGUUUCUAAGGUUACUCAGUUACCAGAUCUCCAGAUUGAACAGCUCAUUUUCACAUCUUGUUCUUCACGCUUGAUAAGAGGAUGCUAGGGUCCACGCAUUUUGACAGUAUGAGUGUCUCUUGCAAAUUGUGGGAGGGGAAAGUGCACAGAGCCAUGUCUCAAUUGCUUUGGUCUCCUCAACUAAUCCAUCCAUUCCUUAUCCUCCCUGUGACUCUUUCUCUUUGGACUCUUGGGAUGCAUACUUCCCAAGAACCCACUUCAGUUAUACGCUAAAAAUACAUUGUCUCCUUGUCACCCAUUCAGAAUUUCCCCCUUGUACCUGUCAAGCUCCUCUACCUGUUCUUCAGAUUUUUUGAUCAUCUGAAAACUCCACACUGCUAACUAUGACAUUUUUCUUGUCACAGAUCCUCCCACCCCACUUUAAAAAGAAACUGAGUUUCUUCUCCAUUAAUUUUCAGGAACCACCUGAACUGGUUCUCCUGACCUUUUCUAAUGCCAGGAUUGGGAACAUGGAUCUUUCCAGAAUGUGUGCCCUGGUCUGAAGCUUUUGUCUGGAGUUGUAUUCUCGACUGGAUUCCUUGGCUUCAUCAUUCAGGCCACACUCCGUCUGCCUCUGCCUUCAUCAUGUCCUCUGUAUUCCAGCUUCUCCUGGUUCUCUUGGUUAGUUUUCCCGUCCUUUCGUCUUAUUUGGGUGCUUGUGUUCUAAAGGACUCAGCUCACAGGCUUAUAUUCCUUCCUAGCCUCCCCAGUGGAUUGGCUCUUCCCAUUGCACACUGAUAGCUCCUUCUGUCUCCCUCAUCUUGAUCUCCAGCAUGACUUGUUCUGACGUCGCUGUGAUCUCCCCAAGAAAAUUAAGCCCUGAGAGACAGCCAUUGGUGUCCUAUCUGCCUAGUAUGGUUAACACUCUCCACCCUCACCCUACCAGGGAUUCGGGGGUCAAAUUUCCUAUUGGAGGUGUAUCUGAACCUGGGGCUUAUACAGCUCUUCCAGGUCACGGGUUGCUGAGACCGUACACUUGUUGACUCUUGUUCUGGAAGGCAGGAGUUAAGAUAGAUUUUUAGGAACCAAGAUGGACAGUGAGAAGACAGACACAUGACAUAUUCCCAUGGUCUAAAGAGCCUCUCCCUUUGGACUGCUGACAAUGUUUCCUGUGCUGGCAGACACAGCAGAAUUUCUCUCACUUGCAAAGCUGCACUGGAAGGAGAUGGCUCCCACCACAGAAAGUCAUUUGAGGUUGUUUUCUAUAGGUAGACCACUUGAAGCAUGUUUUUCUAGACUGUGCGGAUGGUGCUGGCCCAGCUGAGGCGUCCACACCAGGGCUGGGCUCGCUUAUAGGAAGCACACGGAGUCUCAGGCAGCACUCCCAUAGACUAUUCUGAGCUUCCCUGCUCAAUUGCUAAGGGCAGUUUCAUAAUGGGAACCUGCUUGUCAUAGAUGCUAAUAGUUUGUUUUCUGCUAUGGAUUACAGAAGCCACUUCAGGACCAAACAGCUAACUAAAUGUGCUAAGGUGUUUUCCCUGGAGACGGAGCUCUGUGCUCUGGAGAACUCCCCUGGUAGUGAUACUCACUCAUCUCUCUUCUCCAGGGCCUGGCAUGCUUUGCACAUGUUCUGAGCCAUUUGAACGAGGAAGGGUUUUACUGGGCCCCCGCUCUGAUUCAGUUUUCUCCUAAAGUCUUGCUAGGAAGGUUCAGUUUGGCAUUUCCUUAAGAAAGCUGCAGAGUCAGGCGUGGUGAAGGAAGCCUUUAAACCCAGCACUCAGGAGGCAGAGGCAGGAGGAUCUCUGAGUUUGAGGCCAGCGUGGUCUAGAAUAGCAAGUUCCAGGGAGCCAGCGUUACACAGUGAGAGCCUCUCUCAAAAAACAAGGAAAAGCGGCAGAGAUGUUGAUGUUUAAUUUAAGUCCAUCAUGGUGACUCUCAGGUACAUUUAGUUCCCUGCUUAGCUGUGACUGUAAAUAUUUUUUUGUUGUUUUUUUUAAGACAGGGUUUCUCUGUCACUUUGGAGCCUGUCCUGGAGCUUGCUCUGUAGACCAGGCUGGCCUCGACCUCACAGAGAUCCGCCUGUCUCUGUCUCCCGAAAGCUGGGAUUGAAGGCAUGUGCUACCACUGCCCAACGUAUUUUUUUUUUUUUUUUUUUUUUAAUUUGGUUUCUUUUCGAGACAGUUUCUCUGUAGCUUUUGGAGUCUGUCCUGGAACUAGCUUUUUUUUUUUUUUUUUUUUUGGUUUUUCGAGACAGGGUUUCUCUGUGAUUUUGGAGCCUGUCCUGGAACUAGCUCUUGUAGACCAGGCUGGUCUCGAACUUACACACACCCAUCUGCCUCUGCCUCUGAAGGGCUGGGAUUAAAGGCAUGUGCGACCACCACCCAGCAACUCUAAGGAUUUUGGCUGAGAAAACUCGGGUAUGAGAAACUCCUCAGCCUGCAGAGCACAGCAAACACCCAUGAAGGAAGCCUCCUCACACUGUGAUAGGAAUUUAACUCACACUACCAUGUUAAGUAAAUGACUGAAUAUUGUAAUUAUUUCCCUUGUUUUCUUUACCCAAUGAGUAGAUUGCCACUGUUAGUCAUGUUUUGUAUUUUCACCUCUUUGUAACUUAACUAUAGUGGUUUAAUUUUAAUUUUUUAAAGCUUACUGUGGUAUAAUAAGUAUUUUCCAGUUUAUUUUACUGAGCUGCUAGUGCAUCUCGGUGGAGUUUCAUGUCAUUAUUGAACAGAAACCUAAAUAAACAUCAGAUAUCGACGCACUGAAACAC